AUGGUGCUGGGGGGGCUAGUGUAUCAACUCUGGGAUGUGGGGGAGUGGUCGGAUUGCACCAAGAGGUGUGGGCCCGGCACUCAGCUCCGACAGGUCAUCUGCCGUCAGGUCACUCACGUCCAUGCCAACGGGACAGAGUCCCAGGUUACCGUUGCACCAGAGCUGUGCGGGGUGUUUGAUAGGCCGGUGACCAAGUCGACCUGUCAGCUGAAAAUAUGCAGCCAAUGGGACGUUCGAUCUGAGUGGAGCUUGUGUUCAGUGCCAUGUGGGGUGGGCCAGCGCAGCAGGGAGGCGGUGUGUCUGAGUAACCAGGGUGAUGUGGAGGAGGAUGACGAGUGCAACAUGAACCUGAAGCCAGACACACUGCAAAACUGUGACAUGGGAGCGUGUGCACGCAGCUGGUUCACCUCCCUCUGGAGCCAACGGUGCUCUGCAGAGUGUGGUAGAGGCAAUCGAACCCGGACAGCUAUAUGCCUGAUGGACCAUGUGACUGACCUUCCAUUGGACAGCUGUGAAGGGGAUCGUCCAGCGGAGGUGACAUCUUGUGACUCGGGCCCAUGUCAGAACCGGCUGGAGUGGUACACAGGACCAUGGGGUCAGUGUUCCGCAGAGUGUGGGAAUGGCACGCAGACCCGGAGCGUGGCUUGUAUUUUCAACAACAACGGUCACAUGGAGGUCGCGGACCAGUCGAAGUGUUCUGAUCUGCCUCAGCCAAUCACAGCUCAGACCUGCAGCCUGAAGCCAUGUGGUGCCCAGUGGUAUUUCACAGAGUGGAGCGCGUGUUCUCGUUCCUGUAACGGGGGCUACCGUGUACGAGAGGCCCACUGUCUUGCUGACAGUGUUGCCCCGAGUGACGGCUGUGACCCCAGUUUGACCCCGGAGAGUCGAGAAGAAUGCAAUAAACAACCUUGUGUAGCCGAGAUAAGCCCAUCGUGCAGUGACCAGUAUCAUAACUGUAUGGUGGUGGUGCAAGCCCGACUCUGCAUUUACAAUUACUAUAGAGGGGUCUGCUGCGCCUCCUGCUCCCGUGCACAGAAAACAUACCCCAACUCAUUUCAAAAGAACCACAUCCGAAGGUGAUGCCGCCUCGAGAGGAUUAAAUUCACUUCAGGUCACAGCUCCGUGUGGAAAAUGAGUGAGCGCUGUGAAAAUGACUCCUAGUCCUGUUCGGAGAGAUUAGUUUGAUAUUCAGCCGCUCGGUCUGCGACAGAUUAGCUGACCAGGUAAUCAGACACAGUCGUACACUAUGUAUAGGUCCAGAGUGUUUUCAUUCUCAGUGUAACUUUAAACUGGACUGGUCAUGUUUGCUGAUGUUCUUAAUCUAUGUAUUUAUUCUUAAUAAAACAUUUAUAA